AGGCGUUGGGAGAAUCCUCGACAGUUAUGCAAACCCGAGACGAAGUCGAGGGUUUGCAUAACUGUCUCGAAUUCUCCCAACCCCUCUCGUGUUUAUACCAGGCUAUGCAAACACAGAAAACGUGUUCUAUUGCUUAAAUAUUACAUCAAAUUCUUAUCUGUCAAUUUUCUUUAACCUUUAGUGCCAGGUAAGCCGGUAAAUGUCAGGGCCAAGUUAGAGGAAGAUAAUAUUAACGUAUUUUGGGAAGAACCAGUUAAUCCUAAUGGAAUAAUCACUGAAUACAAUGUGAGUGGAAACAGCCUACUAUGUUUACAUGUCCUUUUAUCUAUUUUUGUAACCCAAUCCCCGCGCAAUACCUCCUUUGUGACCCUAAGCGAAUGGUCUAUUGGCAAGGCUUGUUUUCACUAGUAAUACAUGGAAUAAGAGACGUAAUCCGGGGGGGGGGGGGUACUCCCUAUGAUGGCCUAUACGUGGAGGCUCCGCCCGAAAGAGGUAUCUUUUUCAGGCCUCGGGUAUAUGACAGGAGAGGGAUUUCACUCGUUGAAGUAUAUAAAAGGGUAGGGAAAUCUGUUAUUUGGGUCUCUGAAAGGGCCCAAAAGGGCCAACAGAUGAAUUUUAUGGCUUUAUAAAGUCGAGAAAACUUUCUAUUUUUGUGAUUGAUUCCUAUUCAAAAGACAGUGCAUUUACAGCAGUUAAAAGGGAUGCAACGUUCUAAACAAGGUAUGUGAAAGGGGUACCAUUUGUCAAUAGAAGGUAUACUAAAGACGUACCUUUUUCGUGAAAAAUGGUGUUAAAAAGGGUUGAGGGGUUGGAGCUUCCCUGUACAUACAUACAUGUUUUUUAUUUGAAGUCAAUAAAUAGUAUACCAACUAUUUCCAAAUAAAAAACAUUUGUUAAGUACCCCCCACCCGGGAAAGUAAUCAGAAAGGCAGAACCUUUUCGUCUUGUUGAAACAGAGUCCCGCUUCCACUUACGUCUCUGAGUCGGGAGGAGACUAGAGGAACAAACCAAAUCACCGUGUCGGCGACGCAUGGGAACGGGCAUUGCGAAUGGUUAAUGGAAACAUUAUAUACUAUGUUCACACUAUAUUGGAUAGCUUCUCUUGCUGACACAAAAAGCUUUCCUGCAUACAGUAUGAACAGCAACGGCACAGAACUGGAACAAGCCGUUCGCACGUGUCGAUCGGAGCAUCGUGCCAGGGCGGUUCGUGAAGACUAAGUUCUCUACUGGUCUAUAGAACAUCCUUCUUUAACGUUUUGUAGUCUGUGGUCUUGGUUAACUCGAGGGAUCUUUAGAGACGUGUCAUUCCUUUUCACUCCUAUGUCUCAACCAGUCUUAGCUUUCAUUCAACGUUUUUUUUUUCUGCGAACUUUGAAACCGCUCUCCAUUGAUCAUUUAGGAACAAGUUCGAGUACAAAAUUUGUAAAACAUGGUCAGCAGCGUUGUUAUAAGAAAAGAAUUCAAAUCCCACAGGAAUUGUAUGAGACAACAAAUUUGCUGGACCGGGCUUGGCCUGGGUUGCCUGCGUGGCAUACGCUCUAUACACCAUCUGUAUACAAAUGGUUUAAAGGACUGCGUGGAGCGGAUGCGACAGAGGCAAGGCCCGGGCUGUCGUAUUGGUAUUUUGGCACCAACAUAGUGGACGUGACGUCAUGUGAAAAGGUUUAUAGGUAUGGAGAGUAAAAAUGGUAGGGGGUGAUCGUGAUCUUAUACUAUGAUUUGUUUUUUCUUUUCUGUUUAGGUGCAUUGUAAGGGAACAAGAGAUUACAACACCUCUUUCAAAGAUGAUUUAGUGCUGGUGGAAUCUAAAACGUCUCGGUAUACGUCUAUCACGAAAGGCAAAUUGAAGCCCGGUACAAAAUACACGAUAUAUGUUACGGCGUUUACUGAGAAAGGAGAGGGUGCGGCAAGUGACGCUGUUACAAAGAGUACACUGGCAAAAGGUAAUAGUGAACAUCAUCAAAGCGUUUUAAAUAGCACUUUGACGUUGCACCGAGUUUAAACCCUGACUGGUCAUUAUACAGUGUUGCAAUACUUUGUAGCCUGAUACCUUAGACUGUCAGCCGUCUUCUUUACCCCAAUCCCCACUCCUUCAGGGGGGGCAAGCUUAUUUUCUUGACGCCGUGUUCGACUAGUUUUGGUGUCCGUGAAUCAUAAUGUACUGAAAAACUGUUGAGUCUGUGAAUCGUGAUUGAAGUGAUCUCCGUGAAACCUGGAAAGCCAAAAUCCUUGAUUGUGUACACGUAUAUUGAAGAUCAAUUGAAGAACUUAUUUGUUUCGUGACUCGUGAAACGCAAAAUUGUUGUUCGUGAACUCGUGAUGAGGGCCCCCCUUGCUCCCCCUCUUCAAUAUGACAUACAUGUACGUAGUGUGCGUUGUAUUGAUCUUUUUCUGGAGUAGGGGACGAGAAUAGUUCGAUAGAUCAAACUAGUUAAGGGUAACUCGUCAUCCUGUAAAAGUCUUUUAAAACAGAGGUUAUUUGCAAGAAAAUUCUGUUAAAAAAUGGUAAACAGAGCAGUUACCUCCUUACCUCGCCUCUUCGAGCUCCGUUACGUACAAUGUCUCCACACUUCUACGCCUCUGUUAUCUUGAAAAAUGUGUCUGGUUUUAGUAAGGCUAUCUUUCUCCGGCGAUGUGACAUUAACCAAUCGCCUAGUCGUUAAUCUGGAGAGUCAGGCGUUGCAAUUCAUCUAGCCUUUCACCCAAACGUGCCCAGCAUGUUUGAACCGACCAGGGACCCGUACCCAAGUGGUAUAGCUUUCAGGGUCAUCAAGACAUGAAAACCUCCCCAACACUAAGGCGAAAUAAUUAGGGAGCAGCAAAUAAGUUGAAUCUCAUGUCUUCCAAAUGUUUCCCUUCGUAGAUGUACAGUUCCGCAUGAUGUACAUGCAGUGUGUAAGCUCAAUGUCGUUUGACGAUAAAAGUUCUUGUGCCAAAUAUGAUAAUAAUAUGAUCCAAAGAUUUCCAACAGCAAAUAGUACUUCUAGUUGGUUGAAGUAAAUUUUUAACCAAUCAGUAACACUACCAGGAUUUGGGUAGUGACAAGGCAUCAGUAUAGAAAUUCUUUCCUCCUUCCGUAGACGUCAAUUCGCGGGGAAAUCGUUCAUGGUAUAUCUAAAUGGAGGCUGUUUUCUCAGACUAUAUUAGUUAAAUCCAACUAGUGGUCUAUUAUCAAUUCUGCGUUCUGAUUGGUUGAGCUACUACUAGGCUAUAUGUUAUAGCCCACUAGUAGCGAAAAGCGCCGGCUUUUUGGCGGCAAAAAAGACUAAAGUCUAGCUUUAACUAGUUGAAGCUGUUUUGUUUCGAUAUUUUUGACCAACUAGUUGGAUUUUACUAAAACAAUUAUUCCUCUCGCCCUCGUGGUCUCUGAGUCAAUAGCCCAUUCGGGCUCAAGGAAUAAUUUUACUCGGAUGAUAAUAGGUUAAAGCUAUAUGUAUAGGAACACGAAAUAAAGCCUUCCCCACCUUCUUGGUCAUUUUUAUUUCUAGUCUAUUACAUGACCUUUGUGUUUGCGACGUUCAUCAUUUUUCUCUUGCAGCUCCUUCCCCACCACCACUCCCACAGUUUGCCGAAGGUAGCAUCAAACCUACCGAAAUGACAAUCUUCUUGACGAAAUCUUCAGAUAGCAAUGGAAGAGUUGUGUAAGUCUAAUAGAUAGAUUGUUUCAUAGUUUUUAACCACUCUUGUAACAACUUAAAGUGACAGUGUCACUAAAAGAUAACUCUUCUCGUACAUGUAAAAGAUCUCCCUCAGACCGAUUCUCGUAACUGACCACGUUCCUUUCAGAGACGUUUCUCGUCGCGAAAGUCAAGAGAAAUGUCUCCGACCUGAGACCGGCAGUGUGUUUUUUUUCUGUUGAUUUUUUUUUCGAUCCGAGCUCUGCCUGAAACUGUAUUGUCUAAAUCAAAGGAUAUUGGUCUUUUUAUCGAUAAAGCUUUUCUAAGUUUUGUCUAGCACUGAUUUGUUUUAUUUCCAUAAUUCUGUCGUCUACGUUUAGAAUGAUAUGGCACUGAUACCUUAUUCACACAAAGCUUAACCAUGUUUAUAUAUGGUUGGUUGUUUAGUUCCUUAAAUUAGGCACGGCCUAGCGAGCGAAAAAGUCGCGAGGAAGGACUUAUUUAAAAGUCUAAGUUCGUCGCGAAGUAAAAUUUAUCUUGGAUCCUACGUAGACGCUAAUUUUUCAGUUUUCUAGUAAGUAAGUAAGUAAAGCAUUUAUUUAAACACUAUCAAAUUAAGAAUUAAAAUAAAAAUUGGAUUAAAAACCACCAAUAGCUAGUACAAAAAGAUUGCAUUGUAUAAAAUCUAGAAGACAAUUUCUUUACCCAGCGUUUAAAUUUUCUUAACAAGUGAUUUUUCUCAUAUCAUCAUUGUUCGACAGAAGCUCUGAUAUUUUAAACUUACUUCUUGACUAUCUCUUUCUUCGCGGUCGGCAUGUUGAAACAUAAUUGAUUUUUUAAACUGUAUUUGGUUUAAUGCUUAACUAAUAAGUGUUUUAGUAGGGGGGGCAUGCGCUCGUAGUAACAUGUGCGAGAAAUAUGCUUUAAAGGCUUCUAUUUGAUACCCUGUAAACAGUCUCUCUGUUUGGGGAAAGGGUGAAAAAAUCGCGAGGAGAGGGAAGGGAAAGAUUUUUUCACCGUAUCCCCAAACAGAGAGUUUCGGUUCGCAGGCUACCAUUUGAAAGUGUUCAAGACGUCUUGGUAGUCUUUACGCUAGAGCCAAAAUAAGCAAAGAAAUUUUUUAAGACAAAUAAAUUGUAAGUUCUUUAAGUAAAAGGAAGCUUUUUUUUUAGCUCUUUUUACUGCAGGUUAACUUAAGGCUAUUUUUCCACGCAACAUCAAUUAAGAUUGAUUGACAUGUUUCGCCUUUCUCAAAGCUCAAGAAACCGCAAGUAGCCGCAAGUCAGCUGAGUCGAUCAUAGGGAUGGUUUUCAAGUCGCUUGAAACUUUCUUGAAUCGUUUCAACUUUCCGACUUUAAUGAGAUGCAAAGUAAAGUUACUUGUGAUUUUACUUAGGCCUUCACACACGGAUUUUUGGCUAAGUAAAACUUAGUAGCUCUUAAGUCUUACUUAACAGCCUCGUGUAAAGACAACCUAUAUUAGCAGCUCUUACGUGGAUGCGUUCAAGUUCGUCACACAAUGUUUUGUUGCACCCCACACAAUUAGACCAUACGUAAUGAAUGGUAAUGUUACUUUGUCUUAGAAGUCCAAGAGGGCGUCAACUGGUACAAAAUAAAAUGAUUUCAACGGGUUAAGUUUCUGUUUGAACAAUUUUAAACAUUCAGAAACGUGUUUAGACUAUUUAAGUCACAUCGUCGUUUUAAGGGCAUAAAUUCUGUCUUGCUCGGGUGUUGCGUGAAAAAAAAAAUGUUUCGAAACCAGUUCGUGACUUUAUUCAAAAUGAAAUUAAGUUAGGCGGCUACCACGUCAGGAUUAAGGAUUAGGUCAAUUGGUUACAUGGUGGUAUCGUCAGCUUACAUAUGCAGUUCACCAUCACAGUCACUGACAAUGUCUGGCAAAUCAUUACAGAAGAGAGAAAAUAAGAAGGGUCGGAGCUCAGAUCCUUGAGGGACACCAAGCGUAACUUUACUCGAGCAAGAACACCAGCCAUUAACAAGGGUGACGUGAUAACGAUCAGCUUGCAACUUUUGAAGCAGCACAUAAUGAGAAAUAGAAUCAAAAGCUGGUCCACGAAUACGAUCCCGACUACCAUGUUGUUGUCAAGUGCUCUCUUCCAAUCUUCGGUCAUAUGUUCAGUACAAUGAUCUUUCUUGUAUGACCACUGAUGCGGGUUACUAAGGUUGCUGUCAGAAAUGUGAGACAUGAUAGAUGAAGCAAUCAACUGCUUGCCUGCGUGCACACGUCUCCUAUUUCCUUUGUUGCACGCGUGCAACAAAGGAAAUAGGAGACGUCUGCACGCAGGCAAUCAACUGCUGACUCCAUAAUUUUACCCGAAACGCUUAGCAAUGAAAUGGGGCGAUAGUUGCAUUUGUCUGUUUCAUGAUCCUUUUUAUACAUAGGGAUAAAGUUAGCUUUUUUCCAUUUGCAGUAGUUCUAGUUCUCCAGCUGUUUUUCAUUUUUUCACACCCUGCCGGUUAAAUAAACAUGUUUUGUUGGUGUAAUAAAUGAGACGUAAGAUUAUACUCCGUCGUUAAAGUCGUCUAAAUGUGUAUGAUUUUGUUGUAUUAAAUUAGUGCUCAUGAAGUUGUAGUGGAAAAGGUCGAAACAGUCAGCAAAUGGUCAACAUCCUCUUUGCCAGAAAUCAUUGUUGACUACAAAGAGGCAAUGGCCAAUGAGGAUCAGUAUUAUAUUGCUGCCAGAUUUGAGCGAGAUAAAGAACAGGUUCCAAGAAAGUUUGUCCUUGGUGAUGGAGAGAUCUAUGGUUGUUAUCGGAAUGCGCCAUUGGAGCCGAUGACAAAGUACAAGGUGUAUGUGAGAGCAGCAACUGAAGUUAAUGGGGUAAGAAAAUAAUUUGGGGCGCGAUCGUUUGAGCCACUUCCUGCAAAGAAGGUCUUGCAACAUUAUUUAAAGAAGUUUCGCCGCGCAUCGGCAGCGUAGGAAGCCUCAACGUCUUCUGUCGAAGACAGACUUAAAAUUCGUUCCUUUUUUUUCUUGUACAUUGAUAAUAUCUUCCAAAGUGACCUAUUAUUUUUUUAAUAUGCAGAAAUGGGUUUACGGAGAGCCUGCCGAAAUUACCCUUCCCCCUACC